AUGCCUGUGCCAGAAGGUGGAGGAAAUGUGUUUGAAAUAGAUGAAUUGCAUGGUUACAUUAAGAUAAAGAACUCUCCAGACUACGAAACCAUGAAUAAAUACACCCUUACAGUGAAUGCAGUCAACAAUAAAUCUGGCCCUUUCCAUCAGGCAACUACUCAUGUCACUGUUCUAGUGAUUGAUGUGAAUGAUAAUGCUCCAGUAUUUGCUCAGAAUUCCUAUUCUGCUUCCAUAAACAUGAUUAAUCCUGUAGGUGCUCAUGUCAUAACUGUGAGUGCUACUGACAAAGAUCAGGGGCAAAAUGGACUUAUUGAGUACUACAUCCUCCCUGACCAAAACUUCAGCCCAUUCUUCCUGAUAGAAGAUAUGAGUGAGGGGAAAAUAAUUACAACUGGAAACCUGUCUAGAUCUGGAGAGAUCCAUUUAACAGUGAUGGCUAAGGACAAAGGCUCUCCACCUUUAAAUGGCACUGCAGUGAUUACUCUUAAUGUGUUUGACAACCAUCCUUUUGUUCCUCGGUUUAACGAGAGCAGAAUCAGCAUUUCCGUUUUGGAAAACACAGGAGUGGAUUAUUUCAUUUACGCUUUUACUGUGGUCGAAACUUUAGGAAAACUGAUUGAUUAUACAAUUGUAUCUGGCAAUGAAAAAGGUCAUUUUAGAUUGGAUCCGAAAAGUGGUCAGCUGAGAACAGCGAUUAAUUUGAACUAUGAGGAAGUUUCUCAGUAUGUGAUUUUAAUUGAAGCAAAUGAAAAUCUCUUAUCUGCCACAGAAGUCCAGCGUUCAGGCCUGCUUGCUCAAAAUGUGGCAAUGCUGACAAUCUCAGUGCAGGAUGUAAAUGAAGAGCCAGCAUUUUUGAAUGAUGCCUACUCUGCUCGGAUACCGAACUCUGUGCCGUACAAGUACCCGGUUAUUACAGUUCAGGCCACAGAUCCAGAUUCAGGAGACAACGGACUUCUGCUGUACAGCUUAGUGAAUACUCAAACAAAUGAAUUCGACAUUGAUGAAAAUACAGGGCAGAUUUUCACAGUUUCUGUAGCAGGAAAGGCUGGAACAUUUUACCUGGAAGUCCGAGCUGCAGACCAAGGCACAAGGAGACUUACAGCCCGGACAACAGUCAAUGUAACCCUUGAUUCCAGUUCCUCUGACAACAUUGUGGUAGUGGUGCUUAAUCAGAAGAUCAAUGCUGUUGAAAGAAACAUUGUUGAAGUAAAAAGGGUCCUGAGAGAUAAACUUGCAUGGAAUGUAUACAUCAUUGAUGUUUAUUCAAAUGAGUUUGAAAGAAAAGCAAGAAGCAGCACUGAUGUAACCUAUGUAAAAUUUACUGCUUUUGAUGAGGCAAACCAGGAAUUACCUGCAGAAUAUGUAAAAAGGAAACUUAGGGAGCAGAAGAGUAACAUUGAGGUAGAACUGGAGAAAAUAUUUUCAAUUCCUGUUACUGCUGCCAUAGAAGAGGGUCGUGCUGAACCGGCAACGCCUGAACUCAUUGCAACAAUUGUGCUUAGCGUUCUGCUAGUCUGCACCCUCGUAGCCUUCCUGGUAUACGUCCUUUUUACUAUAAAAAGGAAAAGGUACAACUACUUUUACUUUAACAAUGUAAUUUAGACUUGCAACUAUAAGUUUACUUCGAAUGUCAACCUGAAAAGUACUUAUCUGAUAAAUUACUGAUAUUUGCAUGGAGUGUCACCUAAGAUUUGCUAUAAAUCAAAAUGCCUGGUGUUGUACCAUAGAUAUUAGACAUGCUACGCAUAACUGGAAGUUGGUUUAUUCUUGCUUGUCACACAGCAACAGCAGAAGCAAAUACUUUUAAAAACAGAGAAAUGUGGAGAGCAGAAAUUUUAACUGUGAAGGGGGACACAAGCAGCUGUGAUAUACCCGCAUAAGUCUCCUCUAACCCCAUGAAUGCUGAAAUCAAGGGAGGUUUUGCAGCUAACUUCAGUGGCAGCAGGACCAGCGGGUGGAGAAAAACAAAUGCAUUUCCAAGAGGGCAGCGGGUACCUACCCUGCUACCGUUACAGAAAUAUAGGAAAUACUCCAAACCAAUCCCCAGAAUCAUACUGAAAAUAAAUGCUGUGCGUUAAAUUUACGAUACAAACGCAUCAUAUUCUGCUUUUAAAGCAACUGUAAAGCCCAUCUUCAAAGAUAAUUUUAUUUUAAUGUAUUUAUCAUUUUCAAAAGGUAUGAGCAACAGUAUCUGGUUAAGAAGCAAGCUGAAAUGAAGAAGGGUAUUGAUAAUCUGUGUGCAGCUGAUGGAAGAGGAAGUCUGAAAAGCUUAGAGAAACUAGAGCACAUGAAUAAUGUGGAAACUGACGUAAUAGCAUUUAGCAACAUGGAAGACACCAAAAGAGGUGAUGCUGACAAAGACGUAAAUAAGGCUGAUGAAAAAUGCGCUUACCUUGAGACACUACUCUUAGAUUGCGAUGAAGAACAUGAAGGAAAGGUAGCAUCUGAAAGGGCUGCUGAACCUAGAUAUGUAGAUGCCCAGCCCACUGCAAAAAGCACAACAGAUCAGAGCUGCGCUGGGACCGCCGCAAACCCGGGGCCGGCGCCCGUCCCCGAGCUGAAGGGAGUCAAGUUUUCAGAAGUGGCAAUUAUUUUGCACGCGAACCCCGAUGAUGACGACGAUGUAGUUUUCCGUCAGUAAGAAUGCUGGAUGAAGAAAGCCCUGGCGGGAUCCGCGGCAGGGGGAGCGAGCGGCGGGGAGGGGGAGCGCCGCCCCGUUCUGCGGAGGGGCCGGGGGCG